AUGACUGACUUAACUGCGAGUAGCUUGUGCGUCGCGUGCCAGUCCAUCUUCCAACCUGCCACGCCCAGGAGUGAUUCGGGCGAGAUCGCGCACCAUGGUCUCGAGGCUCUGGCCGUCCGCGCGGGCAAAUGCCACCUCUGCCUGACCGUCUUCAUGUCCAUCGACCCCGACGCAUACAAGAGCUUUCGUCGCCGGUCGCCGGGCGACUCGGUGGGCUUCGCAUGGAUCUCCCCCAUCGCACGUGAUCAGGCACGGCUGAAAUUUCGAUACGAGAAACCCAUGGCGCCCGACAGAGCGACUCCAAGCACGAAUAGCUCCAAGACAAGUCUCGGUUCGGGUUCGCUGGAUACCGAGUCAAGUCUGGUGGUGGAGUUGAUUUUGAUGCAUCCCAAAUACGCCGUUGAGCCAGGCGUCAGAACCAUUGAUCCCAGAUCGGUCACCACGGCGUCCAAGGAAAGUUUUGAUCUUGCGAAACAGUGGAUCCAGGAUUGUACCUUCAACCACAUGAAGUGUACUGUCGCGGAUAACACUGUGACAUGGAAGCCAACGCACCUACUGGACGUCACCGUUCGGGGCCCGAAGGGCGCUCCCGGAUUGAAACUCGUGGACGGCAUGUUUGUUGAUCCCUUGAGCGAAUAUGUAACGCUCAGUCACUGCUGGGGUAGGUCCAAGACCGUUCAGUUGCACAAAGGCACCCUCAAGGCACUGCGGCAGGGGGUGGGCGUGGCAAGUCUCCCGAAGACACUGGCGGAGGCUGCGAUCACGGCAGAGCGACUGGGAUUCCGCUACCUUUGGAUUGACGCUCUUUGCAUCAUGCAUGACAACGAGCAGGCGGUCCUGCGGGAGAUGGCUCAAAUGAACCGUAUCUACUCCGAAGCCGCGCUCAACAUCGCCGCCACUUCAUCGAGAGAAGAUGCCGGCGGCCUGAUUUAUUCGCGCAACGUGGCCGCGCUGCAACCCUGUAUCGUGGAAGUCAGCGGUCUGGGAAUCGACGACGGCAUGUACAAAAUCCUCCGAUCCACCCUCUGGCAUGAUUUGGUCGACUCCUCUCCUCUCAAUAAACGAGCCUGGGCGUUCCAGGAACGAUGUCUGGCCAAGCGGACCCUGCAUUUCACGCGCAAUGAAUUGAUGUGGGAAUGUCAACAGAUGUGUUGUUCCGAAGUGUUCCCCAAAGGACUACCUGCUACCAUGGGUCCUCCUUCAACGCAAGAGUCGAGGGAAUUUUUCAGCAAACGCAUGCACCAUCAGCGGCACGGCAACUGGCAUGGUCUGGUCAAGAUGUACAGCACUAAGCGACUCACCUUUAGUUCCGACAAGCUGCUUGCAAUUGCCGGUCUGGCGAAGCAAUACAUGGCACGAAAUCGAUUACACGACCACGACUAUCUCGUGGGCUUGUGGAAGCCUCAGCUGCCGCAUGCGUUAUUGUGGCGCGUCGAACAGGGCCGCAGGCCGACCAAGUACCGAGCGCCGACCUGGACGUGGGCGUCGAUCGACGGCGAAGUCACAUACCCCGAACCGGCGCAAUCAGCACGGGAAACCUGUGUAGAGGUAAUUGAGUCGGAUAUGAAGUACAAACCCAACAACUUCGGAAUGGUGGAGUCUGGCCGCAUGAAGGUUCGAGGAUUCAUGGCUCGGGGUCUUUUGCGAAGAACGCACGACUACUGGGGUCGGACGCCUUGCGUGAUCCAGUGUACCAAGGCGCAGGUCGAGCUUGAAUCGGCAUCCUUCGACGACCGGCUGCCCAAGCUUUCCGAGGCGUCGGGAAUGUUGACCGAGAUGCUGGAGGUUUAUCUACUGCCCGUAAUCGACGUGGUGGACCGAGUGGAAGGGCUGCUGCUUUGUGCAACCAUGAAGAAGGGCGAGUUCCGACGGAUCGGCGCGUUUGAUGUCUCAAGGUACGACCAGGUCAACUGGGAUCGGUUCCGAAGUGUGAUGAAAGGAGACGCCGACAUGAACAACUACGAGGAGCGGCUGGACCAUACAAACGGGUAUUGGUUUGCCAGCGACUUCACAUAUACGAUCAACAUCGUCUGA